UCCAAAUCAAUGACACCAGGUUUUGUUUGUUGUUGUUGUUGCUGUUUUUUAGUCAGUAUUCAGAAGCAGAAUAUUACUGUGUGGGUGUGUAAUGCUUAUAGCCCAACAUGCACUGAUGCUGCUGGUCAAAACCAAGAGAUUGUGCAUUUGAAGAGAUAUAUGAUAGCAGUUGUUAAGCAGAUCCAAAAAGAAAAAUUUCCAAAUUUCUGAGAGAGUUAAAAGUCAAUUUCCAGGUACAAUAUUCUAAUGAAUUAUUAAGUAACAUCAUUAUUUCUUCACAUUUAGUUGCAAAAGUAUUAUAUUUUUCCAGCUCUGUUAUUUCGUUCCUUUUAAGAUUAGAGAGCAGAGUCUGCAGAUCAAUGGAGGGGUUCAACCGUUCCAGAGUGUCUGAAUUCGUGUUACUUGGACUUACUGAUUCCUCUGAGCUCCAGAUUUUCCUCUUUGUGAUGUUUUUCAUUUUCUAUUUAAUGUCCAUGUUGAGCAACAGUCUGAUUUUGCUCACGGUCAUAUCCACUCCACACUUCCACUCCCCCAUGUACUUCCUACUGAGCAACUUGUCUCUCAUUGACAUGUGCCUGUCCUCCUUUGCCACUCCAAAGAUGAUCAUGGACUUCUUUACUCAACACAAGACCAUCUCCUUCGAGGGCUGCAUUUCACAGAUCUUCUUUUUGCACCUCUUUACUGGAACUGAGAUUGUGCUGCUUAUCUCCAUGUCCUUUGACAGAUACAUCGCCAUAUGCAAACCUCUUCAUUAUUCAGGGAUUAUGAGCCAAAGAGUGUGUGUUGGACUUGUGGUGACUUCUUGGACAGUGGGAUUCCUACAUACAAUGAGCCAGUUAGCUUUUACCCUUUACUUGCCCUUCUGUGGCCCUAAUGUUGUAGACAGUUUCUUCUGUGACCUUCCUUUGGUCAUCCAGCUGGCUUGUGUAGAUAUUUAUGUUCUUGGGAUCUUCAUGAUUUCAACUAGUGGUGUGAUUGCUCUUAUAAGUUUUCUGCUUUUGCUUACCUCCUACAUCAUUGUUCUUGUCACUAUCAAGAGCCACUCCUCCAAAGGAUCAUCCAAGGCUCUUUCCACCUGCACGGCACACUUCAUAGUUGUAUUCAUGUUCUUUGGGCCUUGUAUCUUCAUCUAUGUGUGGCCUUUCGCAAAUUUACUGGUGGACCAAGUUCUCUCUGUUUUCUAAACGAUUUUCACCCCCUUUCUUAAUCCACUUAUCUAUACUUUGAGAAACAAGGAAGUGAAGACAGUUAUGAAGAGGAAACUAAGUAACCAAUAUUUCAGUGUGGGGAAAACUACACCAUGUUAUCCAGUACAAUGAAAAAAAAAUCUUCUAUCUGAGAUUUAGUAUCACAAGUUUCAUUCUUAGAGGAACAUUUGAUUAAACUUAGAAUGUCUUUGGUUUCAUUUAGUCUAAAAAAAAAAAAAGUCUAAACUCAUGAAAAAAAGCAGUUAGGGCUGAUAGAAGUGAGACAUCUGUCCUAAAAGUUAGUGUAGUGUUUAUGCAAUAAUGGUCCCAUUUGAAAAUUUAUUGAAAUCUGUAGGUUAUUUUUAUUAAAAAAAUUUAUAUAUUAUCAAAAUUAUGAACAUAAAUUUAUAGAUUCAUAGACUGCUGACUUCUGUUAACAUACUUCAGAUUAAGACUUCUUGGAGA